CGAACCGGCUAGUGAACUUUAGUGCAUAUCAUGUCGCGAGGAUGUGUGAAGAAGCGCGGGAUGAAAUGUCAGUCCUGUCUGCUAUUUUCUGCGAAAAAGACGAAUUUGAGUUAAUUGAAGAAUCAGCUCAGACAGGACUCGUGUACCGCAUCUGCACUGCGAUAGACACGGACAGAGGGAGAAAAACCCUGAACCUCACGUUCCAUCUCCCUCCCCUCUAUCCUCAAACCCCUCCUGAUAUCAGCGUCACUUCCAGCCAUUUCUCGAGGAACCACUGCCAGGAGCUGAAGAGAGCGAUGCUCAGUAAAGCUCACACCCUUCCACCAGAGCCCAUGGUUCACCUGCUCGUGAUGUGGCUUCAGAACAAUUUCACGGACCUGAUUACAGUCCCGAACAGCCCAGGAGACUGCUCAGAUCCAGCAGAUAGUAAAGCAGAAGACACCUGGGUGGCAUUGCUGCAUUUAGAUCAUAUGCGGUCGAAAGUGAAAUAUAUCAAACUGAUUGAAAAAUGGACUUCAGAAUUGGGUUUGAUGGGGAGACUGUUUACUGGAAGGCCGAUUUUGAUUUUACUGCAAGGAACAAAGGAAAGCAUUAAGGAAUAUAUCCACCUUCAGAGGACGGUGAAAGUUGACGUCGACUCGUCCGGCAAACGGUGCAAAGAGAAGAUGAUGAGGGUUUUAUGUGAAGUGCCCCUUGUAGAGGAUUUUAAAAGAAUAUCAACGUUUGAAGUGAAGGAAGACUUGUCUUUCGAGGACCUCAGAAGGGAGUUUGAUGUAGUCGGCUCAAUGAAGCUUUACCAAGAAUUUGUUCUCGCCUUACAAUAAAUGUCCGAUAAACGGUU